UUGCUCGAAUUUGGCGGAGGAAGAGGAAGAGGAAGAAAAGGAAAAGGCCGACGAAGACCGCCCCUCGGUCCGACCGAUGGCUCGAGAAACCCUUGCCGUCGCUGCCAACGUCUAGGGUUUGCAAUUCCGCUACAUCACACGAUCACGGGAAAUAAUGUAUGAAUAUCCUGUAACUUCCAAGUCAGAUUGCACUUUUGACUUAAACAAAUAAAUAGGUAAUGGGUGGUUGCUGUUGCUGUUCAUCAAGGGCUGAGUUAGAUAGAGCACCAGCUUAUUCCUAUUGCCCUCAAGACUUGGAGGAGCAUGAACCUCUGUCAUCAGCCAGUCAUGGUGCAUUGUCUGCAGUCUCUUCAGGACUGCUUGUUGACACUAAUCUGGACACAUCUACUCCAGAUACUUACCAAGCACCUCCUGCACCCUUGCCCUAUGAUGUGGGUUUGGCAAGCACACAAACUUUGCGCAGAGAUGUUGACUGUUGUGCCACCAAAACUGAUCCUAUGCAGCUAGACAAUUCUGGGCCAACAGGAGAAACUAAUGAUAGGUUUGAAACUUCAGACUGCAAGAAUAAAGCUCAGAGCGAGCAUAAUUCUCCUAAGACUACUGAAGAUGAGAUAAGUAAGCCUGUUACCUCAACUACAGAUGAGGAGGACGCUUGCCCCAUUUGUCUCGAAGAUUAUGACACAGAGAACCCUCGAAUUAUGACAAAGUGUGAACACCAUUUUCAUCUGUCUUGCAUUCUUGAAUGGAUGGAGAGAAGUGAUACUUGUGCCAUCUGUAAUCAAAUAAUGAUGAUCGACACCACAUACAGCAUGUCGUCUCCUGAAAAUGGUUUUUAGUGGUCAACCGUACAGAGUCGGCUUCAGUCCAGAUGAAUGCAGGCUUCCCUUCUAUUCUAAAAGCAACUUGAAGGUUUUGGGUGAAAGUUUGCACGUCAUAGAUCAAAUUCUUUUGAAUUGCCUAUUGUGGCAAAACAACAGGAGAAAAGAAAAAAAGCAAGAGAUCGUAGUAUCUGUUAUAAAUUGCUAUCAUGUAUAUCCUUUGUUGUUCUCCCAUGUAUUUCCUAGUUGUCACUUCAGCAGGUAAAGGUGUGUGCCUAUGGGUUCCUUCUGUAUUUUGUCAGUCUUCAUUAUCGUUCGCUUUGAUUGCUUUGUCUGUUCUGUUGUAUAGCUUUUAAAUAUGAGUAGGUGAUUAUUUGUUUGCUGU